AUGAACAGCUCUCUUCUCCGCUCAGCCGCACGGCAGUUGCGAGCUUCAAACCUCGCUCACAAUCAGGCCCGCCGAUGGGCAUCUUCAACCGCAACCUACAACUGGGAGGAUCCUCUUGCUGCUUCUGAGCUUUUCACAGAGGAGGAAUUGGCUAUCCAGGAUACUGCCAGGCAAUACUGUCAGGAGCGGUUAAUGCCGCGAGUACUUGAGGCCUACCGAAAAGAAGACUACGACCGCAAAAUCCUCGAAGAAAUGGGCGAAAUCGGUCUCCUCGGCGCCUCAAUCGAAGGCUAUGAUUGCGCCGGCGCAAGCACAGUCGCAUCCGGCUUGAUUACAAAGGAAGUUGAACGCGUGGACUCUGGAUACCGAUCAGGAAUGUCAGUGCAAAGCUCACUCAUCAUGACCGGUAUCCACGAAUUCGGUACGCAAGAACAAAAGGAUCGAUUCCUGCCACAACUCGCCAAGGGGAAAUUAUUGGGUUGUUUCGGUUUGACGGAGCCGAAUCAUGGGUCUGACCCCGGUUCGAUGGAGACCGUUGCUCGUGAACAUCCUACAAAGAAGGGAUUUUAUAGUCUUUCGGGAGCAAAGACGUGGAUUACCAAUUCACCGAUUUCUGAUGUGUUAUUGGUGUGGGCUAAGUUGGAGAGUACGGGGAAGAUCAAGGGGUUCUUGAUUGAGCGAAGCAAAUGCCCUCCUGGAACCCUGGAGACUCCUGCCAUCAAGAACAAGACUGCUUUACGUGCAUCGAUUACGGGCAUGAUUCAGAUGGAUAAUUGCCCUGUCCCCGUAGAAAAUAUGUUGCCGGAUAUUGAAGGUCUGUCUGGACCUUUUACCUGCCUCAAUAGUGCCCGUUUGGGUAUUGCGUUUGGCGUCACUGGCGCAUUGGAAGACUCAAUCAGCCGAGCAAGAGAAUACGCCUUGGACCGUAAGCAGUUCAAGGGCAACCCGUUGGCCAAAUACCAGCUAGUCCAGAAGAAACUGGCUGAUGCUUCUACGGAUGCUGCUUUUGGCACUCUUGCCGCUAUCCAAGUGGCUCGUCUCAAGGACGCAGGCAAAUCUACGCCGGAGAUGAUAUCGAUGAUCAAGAGGCAGAACUGUGAUCGUGCGUUGGCCAACGCUCGCACUCUGCAAGAAAUCUUCGGUGGCAAUGCUACCAGCGAUGAAUACCAUAUAGGCCGCCACGUAGCCAACCUUUUUGUUACUCAAACAUAUGAGGGCCAGAGUGAUAUUCACGCGCUCAUUCUCGGCCGUGCGAUGACCGGUAUCCAGGCGUUUGUUUGA